GCGGAGCCUGGGAGGUGAGCUGUCAGCUGCCAGGGCCAACCCAAAGCACAUUCCCAAGUGCUCGCUAAGACCAGAGGCGUCCAGCCAUUCAUAAGCCCUUGCAGGGAGCCAGAAGGCACACCAGCACCUUUGGCCCAGUGCAUCUCCAGGAUCGGUGAAGGAAAACACGUGUGGCACAUUACCAAGAAGACGAAAAAAGAAGGAUCCCAGAGAAUCCAUCUAGCGUGAAAAUCUGAGCAGCGGGCAUCAUUCCCAUGACAGCACGAAGACACUACAUGCUCCCACGAACUCUCUUAACACCUCGCUUUUACUCCGAAGGGACGAUGGCUGGCAUUGCCCAAAUCACCCCCUUCCUGUACCUCAGCAAAGGCAGCGUUGCCUCCAACUGCCAGCUGCUCUUAUCCCGCGGGAUCACCUGCAUUAUCAAUGCCACCGUCGAACUUCCGAACCAAAACUUCCCUGACUUUGAGUAUGUCCGGGUGCCCGUGGCCGAUAUACCCAGCGCCCCCAUUUCUCUUUACUUUGACGGCGUGGCAGACAAGAUCCAAAGCGUGGCUCGGAAGAACGGCGUCACUUUGGUCCACUGUGCGGCCGGGGUGAGCCGGUCGGCCACGCUGUGCAUCGCUUACCUGAUGAAGUACCAAAACGUCACCCUGUACGAGGCCUACAACUGGGUCAAAUCCAGGCGCCCGGUGAUACGGCCGAACGUGGGUUUCUGGAAGCAGCUGAUAGACUACGAAUGGGAGAUGUAUGGGCGGAACAGCGUGAAAAUGGUACAAACUCCUUAUGGGAUGAUGCCGGACGUUUAUGUAAGGGGAGGAAGGGUCUUUAUGCCUUACUGGGGGAUCUGAAGAGAGGAAGCUGGAGCAGAUGGUGGUGAGGCUCCCUAAACUGGCCAGAUUGGAGGGACCUUCCUCCGCUGUUUGGAGAGCAUCCCACCUCAUGGCUCCAGCUUCUUUUGGGUCAGCUGAACCUCAGAAGCAUCUUCAAAGCACUAAACCAGCAACCUCUUAAUCAAGGGGGCCUUAAUCCUACAUCCUGCAGAAUCACUUUUGUAAGGAAAAUUGCCUUUCGCAUCUGUACUCUGCAAGUUCAUUUCAAGGAGAAGAAUUCACGGUGUCAAAUCACUUAAAACGGGGAAGGAACAAUCUACCUGGUAGCUAUUGGGAUUAUUAACGAUGAUGAUGAUGUUGAUGAUUAGUUUCCGCACUUGUAAUAAAUGCUUUCUUGGCAAACCAUCUCAGAAGGAGGGACCAUAACUCUGUACUAUGUGGGAUUAAAAAAAUAAUAAUAAUGGUCCAUCUCCGAAUGGAGAGGAAAUUAAAUAUAAGUAUUUAGUCGGAAAGGUCUUCCAUUCCUUUCUGUUAGUGUAUAGCUCAGCUUUUGAAUUUCAAUUUGGGGGCAAAAUCAGGGUGAGGGAAACUGUCAGCUGGACAAUCUGCCACAAAUAAAAUAAUUUAGACAAUUCAAA